AUGAUUUUAGAAUAAAUUUAAGACUAUCCUAUAUUUCAAUCACUUCUAUAUGUUUUGGGACUACUGGUAUUCCUAAAGUCAUUGAAUCUUUUAAACUUCAUAUGGAGACUGAUUCGUCCAAGCUCUAAUCUGUCAAGGUAUGGAAUUGGGUCGUGGAUUUUAAUAACUGGGGCAUCAGAUGGAAUAGGAAAGCAAUUGGCAAUUCAAUUUUCCUAAUACGGAUUCAAGAUAAUUCUGGUAGCUCGUAACAAAUAGAAGUUGGAGGCAGUAUCCAAAUAACUAAAAACCGAAUCACUAAUCAUUGUGACAGACUUCUCCUAAUCAACAGAUAAAAAUAUAUUUGAUCAAAUUUUAAAUUAAGUUGGAGAGAGGGAUGUAAGUGUAUUAAUUAACAAUGUUGGAGUUGAUGUACUUAAUAGAUUCCAUUUGCUUUCAGAUGAAGAGAUUUAUAACACAAUAACAGUCAAUUGUUUCCCAAUUACUAUCCUUUGUAAGAGGUUUAUCCCAAGAUUUUUGAAAAGAAAUCAACAUAAAUCCGCAAUUGUUAACGUAACAUCUUUAGCUGGAAAGAUCCCAACACCAUAUUUCAAUGUAUACAGUGCUACCAAAGCAUUUGGAGAAUUCUUAACAUCUACACUAAGUGCUGAAUAUCCAGAAUUGGAAGUUUUUUCUUUAAGUCCAGGUGAAGUCUCAACCAAUUUGACUUAAAAUAGACAACCAAGUUUUCUAACAAUUAGUGCUUUCGAUUGCGCUAAUGGUUUGAUAAAGAGGAUGGGGUAAAAUACAAGUGGCCAUUGGAAUCAUGAAAUAUAGGCAGCAAUUCAGAAAUUGGUUCCUUCUUGCUUCUAUAAUUUUGUCUUGGGCAAGAUUCUGGCACCAAAAUGGCUUAAGGAAAGAUCUUAACACUAGAAUGAUAAAAAAAUUAAAUGACCUAUCAAUUAUAAA